GAGCAGGGAGGAAAUGAUCAGCGCACUGUAUGUCACUGUAACCUACAACAGUCGUAGUUGAGGCCCUGUUUCAUCCACGGUUCCUCCAGAAUAAUUUAAGCUAUCUGUCGAUCGUCCACUUUUUUUUUUCAUUUUAUUGUUAUUGUUAUUUUUCCGGUUCUGUUGGUUUCUUUGUAUUGAACCUUGAAAAAAAAAUUCCGUUGGGGUCCAGACUAAAUACCAGUCAUUCCUCCCUGCUGUCUAGAUCUAUCGUCGAUUUCUUUUUCCUCUUAUCUUUAAUCUCUAAUCCCACUAUGCUUAUGCUUAGUGUGCCGUUCCCAUCAUUUCGUUAUCUUUAUCUGACCCUAUAUAUUACCUCGAUUGCGAGUAAUCUCUGACCAGUGCUUGACUCAUUCAUUCCUCCGAACCAAUCUUUGGCCCGGACAUCACCCACACUGAUCUACACCUAUCAAUAUAUACUCAACCUUCAAGUCGACAUCUAUUAAGAGUUAAUUCAAAGCAAGACGUGACUUGAUCUUGCAUCUAUCUGAUUCAUACACUUACUUUCUUCGCGCACCUUACCCUCUACGUAAGGUGCUUGAUCCCCAGGAUCAACCUCUAUCCACCCCGGAUAUUUUCAUAAUGGCUGCUCAUAUUCCUAUACGACUCUCAAUCCGCACGGAAAACCAAGAUGACAAAGCCUCACCCGUGACACCACUAACAGUGGUGCCGGGACUGACCCCUCCAGUCACCCCCACCAAGGGCGAUGACAAUUACUCAAGUGGUACGAGGACAGUCGGAUCAAGUCGCUCAAGCUCGUUUGCAUCCGAAGGAGAAAAGCCAACGGAUCUCUUUGCGGCUGAUGUGCGUCCCUCGAGCCCUCUUCAAUAUUCCGAUGAGCUAGAGUUUCAAUAUGACCCGAAAGGUCGCCCGGUGGAGUUUGGUCGUGGUGUUUGGAGUGUCGUCUACAAAGCUUCGUCUCGCCCCUCUUCGAAAUCACCCCUGAUGACCCCUCCCAGUUCACCUGCGAGUGGAGGUCGGGUGGUAGCGGUUAAAUCUCCUGUCCGGCGAGAUGCGCACGCCGUCCUUGAUGCCGAAGCGUUAGCAUUGACUCGAAUUAGUCGUAUGCCGGGUUCGGAACGCCAUGUCAUUCCUUUCCAUGGGUACAUCUCCGAAUCACAUUCUAUAGUUCUGUCGGCCGUGCCCCUCUCUCUUUCAUCAUACAUCGAAGAAAAGGCCGACCUGGCCCAGAAGCACAAGUCCACUCGGACGAUGUUCGAUCCUGUGCAAGGCAUGCCCCAGUGGCAAGAGCUUGCCAAGAAGCUUAUAACCAGCUUACACUGGCUCCACACGCAGUGUCAAAUAGUGCACGGGGACAUCAAACCACAUAACAUCUUGUUGAGAUCACGGCCGACGGGCAACGAUAUAGAAUCCGACGAAUUCCCGUUUGAACCGCUUUUCGCCGAUUUCUCCGCACAUAACAUCACCGGCUCUUCACUGUCUGCAGAGAAAGAGACCGGAACGUCAUUAACGGCUUUGACACCACCUUUCGCCGCCCCCGAACUGUUAUCUGUGUCAUCUCUGAGGUCCCCGGGUACUAGUCCCACGCCCGCAUCCGAUGUGUUUUCUCUGGCGGUCACCCUCCUCGCGGCGGCGACAGGCGAUCUGCUGCUUUAUCCUGGCGCCAGCAACAUGCAGCGCCUUGCCAUGGCCCGUGAAGGCCACCGGGUUAUUGACUUUGCCCAGUCGGGCGCUAAUGGUUCCCGGGUCCCUCGAAACGGACCUGUCGAACAGGUGAUCAAACCUGCCGUUUCGAAGGACCCAUCUCAACGGAUUUCACCCAAUGAAUGGGUAGAAUUAAUCGCUGCCAUGGCCUAAGAUCUCAUCCCAAAAGGCCGACCACUUUCGAUUCAACCCAUUUCGACAACAUAUUCUCCAUCUACUUUGUCUACUCUUAUAUACCGUUCGAUUUC